ACCCACUCCCACCUCAUUCAACCCUUGUAAGAUUCUCGUGCCGCGUGGACAAGACACAGCGAUUUCCCUCUCGAGUUUAACAGGAGUCGCCCUCCUCCCUCGGCGGCAAACGCGGAGGUUUUGAUUCAUUUAGCCGUAUUGAACCCGAUAUUACGUCACGCGAACAUACACAAGGCGAGCUCCAGGCCCUCCCUCUCAGUGUGGUGUGUGUGUGAGCCUUGUACUGACGUGGAGCAUUCCUCCUCACUCUCCCUCCCCCCUCUCUCUCUCUCUCUCUGUCGCUGGCUACGGUGCUGCCGCUUCUGAACCAAGGAUGGGCGGGGCGUGGAGAUUCCGUCGAUGAGAGAGCAAAGACUUGGCGUGAUAAUAACAAAACGCGAAGGAAUGGAGGAGGAGAGCCUGUGCUGCACCGUGUGCCAGGAGCGCUUCUCAGACACGCGCACGCCACGCCAGCUCACCUGCGGCCACUCCAUCUGCUCGCCGUGCGUCCGCGGCGUCAUCGACAACGACCGGCGCUGCCCCGAGUGCCGCCGCACCUUCGACGCCACCAACCCCGACGACCUCGCCGUCAACUACCAGCUGCUGCGGCUCGUGCGGUGCCUGGCGAGCGGCGGGCCCCCGCAGUUAUUGCUGGACGCAGGCGGCGUGCGCGAGCCGGACGCAGGCCGCUGCGAGGCGCACGGCUCGCUGCGCUUCUUCCGGUGCAUGAGCUGCGGCGCGUGGGUGUGCCGCGACUGCCUCGUGUUGGAGCACGUGGGGCCGCCGCGCGGCACCUGUAGGGUCGUGUCCUCGUCCAAGGCCAUCGCGGAGAUGAAGGAGAAGCACCUGCAGGCGCUUCGGGAGGAGUCGGCCGCCCUGCUGCAGGCCAAAAGCCUCAGCGCCGCGCAGAUCACCACCAUCACCACCAUCAAGACCAACCUGAAGGACACCAUAGCGCGCCUGCGAGCCACCAUCAACGAGGAGGAGCUGUACCUGCAGUCGCUGGAGGACCGCGCCAGGGAGGCCCGCGCCAAGACGGACGAGCUGGAGGCGCAGGAGGAGACGCUGCGCGAGAUGGCCAACCGCAUGACCUCCGCCGAAACCACCAUGGAGGUCACCAACCUGGGCGUGGAGGCCGAGGAGGCCGUCCGCCAGACCAAGAGGCUGGUCGAGAGGGAGAAGGAGGCGCAGGCGCACCUCCUCAUGAAGCUCAACUCCCGCGGAUUGCAGGUGCGUGCACGGACCGCCCUCGAGAACGCGCGCGAGGUGGUGACGUCCUGGCCGGAGGUGUGGGGCACGCAGGAGGUCGCAGGACGCCAGUGCUGGGCCAGGGUCCGCCUCCUCGACUCCCUGGUGCACGUCCACGCCCUUCAGGACACUCCUCCGCCCGCCUCCGCCGUCACUGUGCCUUUCGAGUCCCUGCGGUCCCUCCUGCCCGAGGGCAACCCCCCCUCCGUAUUCCUCGACCUCAGCUGGCCCGGCUGCGACACCGCCAGGAUCUACGUGCGGCUGCUGCGGGACUCGCCGAGGGGCAGCCAGUUCUUCCUGCUGUGCUCGGGGGAGUGCGGGCCCACGCUGAAGGACGCGACGUUCCUGCCGCCAUCGCCGGGGGAGUCCGAGGCGACAUUGUCUGGCCGGGUGCCCCUCCGGAAGCCCGUGCUGGGCAACCUUCGGGACGAGGCACAGCCGGCGGCGAGAGCCGAGAGCCGUCGGCAGGCGGAGAAGGGGCUGGUGGUGGGCUCCUACACGGCCAACACCUUUUUCCACUUCUUCCGCAGCGGGAGGAGGUGCACCUUCCACUUCCGCCUGCACGCCGGGGGGGCGCAGGGCGACGCCGGGGGCGCUGCCAUCGGCACGGUGACCAAGGGCAUGAAUCACCUCAAGUUCGCCGUGGCGCACAGCCGAGUCUCCAGCGUGAAGGUCAAGGACACGGGCUUCAUCGCCCCCCUUCAGGCAUAGCUUCCAGGAGCCUUAAGCGUAAAGGAACACUUCAUAUAGGUUUUGGAAAUUAGCCAAAAGAUAACGAUUUCUCAAGAGAGAAAAUUAAGUAUCAAGAAACAGUAUUCUUUCCAGGCCUUUGUAUAUGAGACGAGGCAUGUCAAUAUGUGCACGAAAUCACUUCCGGUGGCCUGUGCUUCUGACUCCGUGUGGUGACGAGGCGAAGCCAAGAUGCCCAGAAUAUUUAAGCCAAAAACAUUAGAAAACUUGCUCACAAGACAGUCUCACUAAACUCCUUUCGAUGUACUGACUGUCCCAAGGUGGUGAUUGGCCCCGAGUCGUUUUGAGACGAUGCCAGGCCGGUCGCAGAUCACGAAGAGGCGUGCCAUGAAAUGUCCUCGAGAACAGUCGCAAAAGCACCAGCUGUUCUCCUUUUGUCAACGCACAUGCGAGGACGGCUGCCACGCCCACGCCUCUCUGUCUGCUGCGUCAAAGAGUUUUCUGACGUCCAGAAUGAGUAGUGCUGAUGAUUUCUAUAUACGCACAUGCAUACGUGCAUAAUACACACGCUCACGCACACACACACACACACACACACACACACACACACACACACACACACACACACACACACACACACACACACACACACACACACAC